AUGCAUGUUUGGCCCUUUGAAAUAGGUCUUUUGGAGCAUUCUGGAGCAUAUGGGACACAAGGAGCAUGGAGGGACUUGGCACAUGGAAGCAGCUCAACUGGAUACGCAAAGGAAGAAGGGAGAAGUCAUCUUGAAGACCAGCUCGACCGUCCACUCGACCAACCGGUCGAGUUCCUCAACUCGACCGGCCAAGCUUCAACUCGAUCGAGCUGGGGAGUCAAAUUUCUUUUAAUUUUGUACCUUUACCUCAACACAAGGGUUUACUCUCUGGAGAAUCAUGCUUCUUCUGUUGCUGCUGCUACAAAGCAAGGACAACUACCUGGUAAAGCUAUUCAGAACCCCAAGGAACAGUGCAAGGUCAUCUUCACUCAAGAAGGACUUGUUGAAGAAGAGGAUCAAGAAAGGGUCAUUGAAGAUUUUUGUUUACUGCUGAAUGAUGAAGAGAUUGUUGCUGCUGAGGCUCCUGGAGUCCAGAUUGAUCAACCAGAAGUGCAUGCACCUACUGUGGCCAUUCACACUUCACCAGUUGAGCUCGCACGACAAGCUCGAUCGGCAGCUCGAUCGAGUCCAACUCUAGCUCGAUCGAGUCCGACCUCUUCUGUCCGACAGCCUGUUUUGCUUGAUCCUUAUCAACCGGUUGCCGCUUCCUCGUCUCGCCUACUUAGUCAAGGUCACAAGGAAGUGAUUCACAAGUUCAGAAGAGAUCUCAGUGGGAUUGGAAUUGAGUUGCCUCCUAUGGAUAGCAUGAGUGAGGCAUUUGAUCAAAUGCAAAUGGUCAAGGAUGUUCUAGCCAACAGUGAUAAAGUUUCAGAGGUCCUACAAGAGUCUACUCAUCAGUUCAACCUGCUUACUUCACCCACCUUCCUACCAAAGGUCAAGGAUCAAGGGAAAUUCACUCUCCCUUGCACACUUGGGCAUCUUGAGAUUGACAAUGCCUUAGUGGAUUCUGGAGCAAGCAUCAAUCUGAUCUCUCUCUCCAUGGCAGAGAAGCUAGGCAUUGCUGGAGCCUUGCAGCGCCCUACUACUUCAAUCAUGUUUGGAGAUGCAACUUCUAAGUCUCCUCUUGGAGUGUUCAAGAACUAUCACUUGAAAAUUGGAGAAUGCAUCAUCCAAACUGAUCUCACUGUGAUGGAAAUGGAAGAAGAGAAGGAUUUGCCUUGUUAUUGGGAACCCCUUUCCUUACCUAGAGGUUCAGACUUUUGUGCCACAAUUGACAGUACCAAUCUCAGUUCUAAGAGUCAUGGAGCUACAAAGGUUGUGAAGGAAAGGGUUGACAAGGAACCAAGAGUUGGGAAGGAUAAGGAUGAGAGAGGACCAAGGAUUGAGAAGCCACGUCUUGAGAGGGCUAGAGUUGAGAAACCACGAUCUGAUAGGCCAAGAGCUGAGCGACUUGUUCAAGCCCCUUGUGUGCUUGAUGAAGAGAGCCUUCAAGCUUUGUUUGAUGAGCCACUAGGAAGGGCUCUAAAAGAAGGGGAGGAUGCAGCCUCUAAGGCAAGACCAGGAGAUAAAAGAAAGGAUCCACCAGCUCAGGCCCCUUCAGUCAAGCCAUCUCAGCUCACAAUGACUUUGUUCCCCACCAAGUUUGAAAAUGGGAAGAUUGAGUACAAGAUAAGGUACAAGGGGAGAUCAAGGCCAUUCUCUAGAGCCAAGGCCUUGGUGACUUCAGAACAGUCCAGGGACCCAACCAAGCUAAAGGAGCUUCUGUCUCAAGUCCUCACUAUCACCCUUGAUGGUGGGACUAGCUCAACCAAUGCCUAA